CCAGGCUCUCAUCUCAUCAUCAAUCUACUUGAAAUAACUCAGAAUGGCAUCUUCGGGGAGAGAUAAUCUACAAGAGCGUCUGGUCGACAGGCCAAGCGAUGAUGACCCCGCCCGUACAAGCCUCGGGCAGCAAAGAGAAGCCGUUCAACCCGGCUACUCGCGGGGCAGAGGCGUAGUAGGUGAUGAUGCUUCUGCUGCCGGCCGAGACCUCGAACGCCAGACCGGGAUCGCGUUGAUUCCGACGGGCGGCCCCGGCGGUUCCCCUUCGGUCAAUAUCACGGAAGGCGAACCAACGCCCCCGCAGCCGGUUCCCUCUACUUGGGGUGGCCUCAGGAAGGGCUUGUGGCAGCUCGCGAGACUUGUGCUCAUGCACAUGUAUUACGCUCCUUUGCUUUUCGAUCCAGUGAUCAGCGAGAAGACAUGGAAUUUGCUCGUGGUGGAUGUCCGGGGCGCUGUUUGCGGGCUCUUUGGGGCGGCAUUGCUCCAGGCGUUUAAGCUUGCCCUCAGAACAACAAGCUGGGGGUGGGUGAAGGGCUCCAACGAGAUGAUGAGGAAACAGGUCGUUAAGUACUUCGGCAGCUCGACCAGAACGGUACGCGACGUGGUCACUUACGCUCUUCCCUUGGUAGCGUUCUUCCACACCUUCCUAGAGUGGGGGUUCCGAGGAGUGGUCACCGUCGGACUGGCUGAGACGACUAGCUUGUCCACGGCCGCCAUUGCCCUUGUAUCGGCAGUCGUAUUCGGGCCCGUCUUGGCUCUUCGGGCGGUGGAAGGCGAGGCAGGGGAACGGCUGAUGAGUCCUCUUCGUUAG